CGAAAUUACCGGCCAGUUACCGACGGCAAACUCGCCGCCGGUAUGUAACGGCGGCGUCGCCGUCGUUAAUGUUAAAAUACGCAUUAUUUAAUUAAAUUUAUAGACUUAGCGGCGGCAAAAUCCCCGCCGCUAUAUAGCGGCGGCAUUUGCCGUCGGUAACCUUUAAAAUAUAGGGCAGCGGGUUUGCCCAUUUUUUCAGUAUCUGCGCCGCAACCAACCCCCCCACGCGAACAGAAACUACCCCCCCAGCCCCUCCCCUGCUGCUGCUGCUCUUCCUUCGCCGCCGCCUCCGCCGCCGCCGACCGCCGCCGACCGCCGCCGACCCAGCAGUUCGACGACCUCGUUUCACCGCCUUCUUCACGACACCCACCGGAAACCACCACCAAUUUGCAAGAAUGAGUGAUAAUCGUACGUGGAUGUACGCGAGAUACAAUGAUCGUACCGCAUUUGAAACGGGGCUUGAGUUUUUCCUUGAGUGGGCGUUCAAUCAAACGGCGUACACAGAUGGACAAGGUAACAUUAGGUGCCCGUGUAAGAAGUGCAAGAAUCAAGCGUAUUUAGAUGUACCUAUGGUCAGAGAACAUGUUAGUAGGCGUGGAUUUGUCCUGAAUUACAAAGUUUGGGUUUGUCACGGGGAAGCACCGCUGUCUAUGCCGAGAGAACAUGCUAUAAUGAAUGAGGAUGAUGGAUUAUAUAAUAACUACGAAAGGAUGGUGCAUGACCAUGCUGGACCUAGUAAUUAUCAAGAUCCUCCAAAUCUGGAGCAGCCGCCCAAUAAUGACGCUCAACAGAUUUAUAAUAUGUUGGAUGCAGCGGAUACUCCAUUGUACGCAGGAUGUGACACGUACUCACAAUUAAGUUGGAUGACUCAAUUCAUGAGCAUAAAGACUGAAAGCCACAUGUCAGAGAGGACUUACAAUCAGAUGUCUUCGAUGAUGAAAGCUGCUUUACCAGAGGGUAACAACUGUCCAGAAGACUUCUAUAGUACGAAAAGAAAUCUACGUGGUUUGGGUUUGCCAGUAGAGAAGAUCGAUUGCUGUGUUAAUAACUGCAUGUUGUAUUGGGGGGAAACUAGUGAGCUACAUAGUUGUAUGUUCUGUGACCAAUCACGAUAUAAGGACAGCUUGCGUGCAUCUGGGAGUCGCAGAAAGAAACAAGUGCCCGCUAAACAGAUGCACUAUUUUCCCUUGACGCCCCGAUUGCAGAGAUUGUUUGCAUCUCCUGCAACUGCUGAACAUAUGCGGUGGCAUGCGACCUCCACAGACGAUGGGAUAAUGCGCCACCCGGCCGACUCUCCGGCAUGGAAACAUUUGAAUUCAGUCUUUCCUGGAUUCGCCGAUGAGAUUAGAAAUGUGAGGUUGGGCCUCUCUACAGAUGGUUUUGCCCCAUUUGCACAAUCAGGGCGUCAAUAUUCUUCUUGGCCAGUUAUUGUCACGCCGUAUAACCUGCCUCCGUGGUUGUGCAUGAAAGAACAAUUCAUGUUCCUCACAGUCCUCGUGCCUGGCCCAUCAAACCCAAAGAUGAAGUUGGACGUAUUCUUACAGCCAUUGAUACACGAGUUAAAAUCUCUGUGGGAGGUUGGUGUGAACACUUACGACAUAUCGUUGAAGCAAAAUUUCCAGAUGCGAGCAGCUCUGAUAUGGACUAUCAGUGAUUUUCCAGCGUACGCUAUGUUGUCUGGGUGGGGUACAACUGGGAAAUUGGCAUGUCCACAUUGCAUGGAGAAUACAGAAGCAUUCACUUUGCCGAUGAGUGGAAAACAAUCGUGGUUUGAUAAUCAUCGGAAGUUCUUACCUCCUAACCAUGUGUUUAGGAGAAACAAAACUUCAUUCUUGAGGAAUAAGACAUGCAAUGUUGGUCCACCAGAACAAAGAUCAGGAAUACAAAUCUUGAAUCAAAUCGAGGGGUUAGGCUUCGUGAAGGUUACCGAAGACUUCGAUGGCAGGAACGCUCAACUCGCCAAAUAUCAAGAUGUAGGGUGGAAAAAGAAAAGCAUAUUUUGGGAUCUACCCUAUUGGAGAUAUCUUUUGAUUCGACAUAAUCUGGAUGUUAUGCACAUUGAGAAAAAUGUGUUUGAUAACGUGUUUAAUACUGUCCUGAAUGUGAAGGGGAAGACAAAAGAUACAGAAAAAUCUAGAGAAGAAUUGAACACCUUCUGCAAGCGGAAAGAGUUGAAGAAAGUGGAUGGAACUCGAGGGUAUCCGAAAGCAUGUUAUACGCUUGACAGGGAAGAGAAGAAGAUCUUACUCCAAUGGAUCAAGAGUCUUAAGUUUCCCGAUGGGUACGUGUCAAAUAUUCCCGAUCGGGAGUGCCGGGCAGAGUCAGGUAUGAGAGUAAGCCCUAAGGCCUUUAAGCCUAUUCUUUAG